AUGGAGAAAUAUGUAACCGUCGUCUCGGUCGAUGAUCAGGUACAGCAGCAGCAGCAGGGUGCCUCGGCGCCAGUGGAGCCUGACCAACCGCUGGACCAGAGGCUGGACCUGCACCUGGAGCACCGGCCAAUGUUUGAGCAGGUCGAGCCGGACCAGGAAGACUCACAGUUCGUGACCGUGCUGUCGAUCAACCACGGCGAAGGUCGGUCACCGGAUGACGCACCGAACACACCGGAGAUGGUGCUGGUGUACCGGUUACCGGGCGAGCGGCUCGGGUUCGGGCUCAAGUUCCAGGGCGGCAACCGGAGCAACGAGAAGAUCCAGCGACUGUUCAUUCAGUCCUGCGCGGAGAACAGUCCGGCGUCGCGGGUCCUCGCCAGCUGGGGCCACCUCCGGGAGGGUGACGAGAUCCUGGAGAUCGACGGGGUCAGCGUGACGCGCAUGACGCGCAUCGAGUGUGUCAAGUGCCUCAAGGACAGCAACGUGGCGAUCAAGCUGCUGGUGCGGAAUGGCGAGGGACGGGUACAGAACUUCUAUCCGGAGGCGGGCCAUUCGAUGACGGCCAUGUCCGGCGGCAGUCGGGAGAAUGUGGGAGAAAUCCCCGAACGGAAGAGUGGCCCACCGCCACCACCGCCGGUUCCACCGCGGAAGCUCAACAAACGGAAGCUGACUCCGGUGGAGCCGCAGGAAGUGGCCCCGAAACAGCCGACACCUCCGGCAGUAGUUCAGGAGCCACCGACUGUGGCACUUCCACCGCCGGAUGCCGAGUCGUACAGCAAUCUGUUCGCGGACGACAUUAGCGACCUGAUCUCGGAGUCGGACGACACGGCCAGCACCAUCUCGACGGUGGUGGACAAGUUCUCGAUCUGCUCGAGCCUGUCGUCGGAGGACUACACGAUCCCGUCGAACGGCCCGAUGGGCAUCGGCAGCAGCCAGAGCCUGGAGCUGGCGAAAGCCCUCAAACCGUUCACGCUGCUCGAGCAGGAAUUCAACCUGGAGAGCAAGUUCGAGCCGACCAAUCUGUUUACGUUCAAACCGCAGGCGGCCACCCCGGCGUCCAACGUGGUCCAGCUCGCGGUACAGGGCGGCGACACGGAGUACGAUAACGUGAGCGUGAUGAAGGUGGACGAAAACCGGAACUACGAGAACGUGACGGUUCCGUACGGACCGUACGAGAACGUCACGAUCCAGACGGUGCAACCAUACGAGACCAUGGUUCUGUCCCGGACUGCCAACCGACGGCGCAUCAGUGUCGAAGAGCCGGAACCGUCACCCGCCCAUUACGAAAACGUCGAUUUGAAGACAUCCGCCGUUCCGCCACGACCCUUGCCACGCCAGGCAGCCAUUGUGGAGCCGAAAAAACGGGCCCCAAUUCCGGUCCCGAUUCCGAUCGUGGUUCCUCCGCCGAGACUCAAACACACGUCGGCCGCCGGCCAGUCGUCAAUCGUAGUGCCCGAAAGUCAACCGCUCGGAGCGGAGUACAACACGGUCCAGAACUGGCUGCAGGAUGCGACCGAAGUGAUCCACGAGUGCGCCCUGGUCCCUGCUGGCGGCGAUGUGCCGGUGGUGGAGGAGAAACCGAAGCCCGAUGGCACUAUGGACGAUCUGCCGCGGUUGAUUGACUUCCAUCCGAAGGUGUCCGUGGGGCCGAAGGAAGCGGUGGUGGCCCCACCAACGUCACCCAGGGCGAUGCGAUACAACGGGGAGCAGUCGGACAUGCAGUCGGUGGCACCGGAAACGAUCGUGCGGAAGUGUAUCAAAAUCAUCGCGAGCGAGGAUCACACGUACAUCGAGAGUAGCUCGAGCGACGAGGACGACGAGAAGAUGUAUUGUAUGGGCCGGUCGGAGGAUGACGACGAUCGGAGCAGUGUGCUGUCGCGGGAAACGACCACGACCCCGGAGCAGUUCCUCAGUGGGGACGGGUACAGUGACGAGGAUGGUGAAAAGCUCGGCCCGCCGGAAAUCGUGUCCGGUGGUCCAUCCGAGGCGUACUUUAACUUCCCGUGGAGCUCCAAUCUGUUGCCCCCGAUCGGUGAGGUGGAGGAAGAGUUUUCUUCGCUCGAGCAUCAGCAACAUCAACAACCGAUAGUUAUAAUCGACACGGCCGACGAAACUGUUAUCAACGACACCAACAACAACCAGCAGCAGCAGCGGAAGAAACCGAUCGGUGACGAAGCACCCCAGAAACUGCCAAAAGCCGUUGGACCGUCGGCAAACAUAGUCAUCGGAACCGGGACGAUGAUGGUGGCGGCGCAGGGUACCGAGGCAAACGAUCCGGAGGCGGACCAACCGGAUGCCGGCGUGACUCCCGUGGUGGACUCAUCGUUGACCAUCGAUCAAGACGUGGGUGCACCCGAAACAGAUAAUCUGCAGUCGCCACCGCAGCAGCAGGAAGUGUGGGACCCCGAACCACCGGCGGCGGACGAAGAUGAGUUG